UUGUUCCACACUGAUGACUUUGAACUCCAGUAUCUACAGAAAGGUCACUGCCCAUUCUUACAGAAUGACCAGUCUCGUACACCAACCCAGGAGGCGGUAUUCGUGACCGCUCUAUACGACAUAGGUCGUGAACAUUGGACACACUUUCGGCGAAGUUUCGACGAAUACCUAUCUUAUUUCAGUAAUGUCCUGGGUUUGAAUGUAAAAAUGAUCAUCUAUUCUGACGAAUCGGUUCAAAAAUUUGUCUUGAACGAAAGAAAAAAUCUACAUCAGAAAACACAGAUCUAUGCACUACCAUUCACUGAUUUAGAGUUCUAUCGGUACCGACAGCAUAUUGGAAAUGUUCUUGUCUCCCCUGAGUUCCGAGAUUCCAACGAAAUGCUUAACCACCCAGAAGCUUUUUCAGUGAAAUAUUUAAUCCUGAUGAACAACAAAGUUUCUUUUUUGUCAGAUGCUGUACGAAAAAAUCCCUUUAACAGCACACAUUUCUUUUGGAUUGACGCUGGGUAUGGACAUGGUGAUAACCUUACCCAGUGGAAGAACUUUCUGCCUAGAGUUCUUUUAAACAAACACAACAAGAUUACAUAUAUUGAAUUGAACGAUCCAGUGUUAUAUAAAGAUAUCAAUGAACCUCAUAAAGUUCAAAUGUCGCCUGCUUUUUGUGGCGGGUUUUUUGGAGGGGAUGCGGCGGCCAUUUUGAAAUAUGAAAAACUCUACAAGAAAACUUUUCGAAAACUCCUCACGGAAAACAUAGUGGACGAUGAUCAGAAUGUGGCAUUUCAGUGUUACGUAGAGAAUCCUAAUCUGUUUGCAAAUAUUCGUGGACACUGGUUUGAUGCCUUUAAAUUGUUUUCAUAA